CUGCAGCCAUGUGUUGUGGUCUGCUGUGAGUGCUUUGUGACAAGAGAGGUGCAGUGCCGCGUUUUCGGUCUCGCAUUGGUGAGGUGUUCGAAGGCGAAUAAUCGUGGAAACAAAGGUACUCGCGGCGUAAUUAAACGCCUCGUAACAUCGGCGAAGCCGUGAAGUGGAAUCGGAGUUGGCGCAGGGUGUGUCUCGGCGCGAAACGCCCGCUGCCAAAGUGUGUUCGUUCGUCGGUUCGUUGGUAUCGGGAAUCCGACGAGGAGAGGCCGAGAGCUCCGGGGUUCUCGCUCGCUGUGCGUGUACCAGUAUACGUACGUAGCUGCCUGGCCGUGUGUCUGAAAGUGUGCAAGAGAGAGAUAGCCGACAGCGAGAAACACGCGACGAACGGAGGGAACGAACGGACCGAACCGUACGUUCGUCGGUUGUUCGGCUCGACACGGAGGCUCGUUCCGACGACGGCUGGUGGGAUUUGUGUGUCGUUCCUCGAAUAUAGUAAUAUUAUUGCGGGAAAUACGUGUCGGUGAUCUCGUUAAAAAAACACCCAGUCAGUGCAUCCGUUGUCGUGUUGAUUACGUGCUAAUUGUAACAAGUAUGUGAGGAGAAAAGGAAAGAAAGCAUUGGGGAGAAAAACGACUAGUCAAGUGCUUAGGUUCAAGUUUUUAUUAUUUACAAGGUAGUAGUUGAAUUGAAAAUAGGUAAAUCCACUAGUUCGAAAUAGUAAACGAAUUAAAAAAAAAAUGUAAACUGUGCGGUGCUUCUAUACGAAAUGGCCAUUUUAACGCCGGCCAGUGCCCAAAGGAACUACCACCACCACCACCGCUAUCGCACCACCAACACAACUGGCUAGGUGUGCCCGCUUGGUUUUCUGGAUACAACGAGGGAUCGCCUGCACGCACACGAUCUCACGGAGGCAAUGAUACGGCAGCUGGUGUCGCAUGGAGCAGAUACAAGACACGAGGCCGGGAGCUGGUCUCUUUUUUGAGAGAAUGUAUAUAAGAAAACAAGCACUCGCAAAAAAGUAAAAAUAAAAAAUCCGAAAGAGAAAUUAGAGAGUGAAACGAAGUAUCAGGUAGCAUUUGUUUCCCAGAAGAUAAAAGAUCGUAUAACGAACGUGAAAAUAAACGAAGAAACGAACGAAUGGCGGAAAAAACAAAAAGGAAUACAAUGACAUAAUAAUACAACAACACACCGGUACGAAGGUAGCGCCGGGAAGGGAGAAAAGAGAGAAGUAGGAAACGGGGAAAGGAAGAAGAAGGGAGAGAGAGAGAGUGAGAGAAAGGCUGAGAAGACAGGGGCAAGAAGGGAGGAGAGAGGCAGCGUUGCGCGGCGACGAGGCUCGAGUCGCGGGCGCCGAAACCGAAUCGUAAACUCCAACGGAAGCGGAAGCCGGCGAAGCGAUAGAGAGUCGAGGAUUAAAUCAGAGGAGUGAUGUGUCCGAUGGACGCCGCGUGUAGGGCGGGCGGAGGUUGCUGCAGGGUCUACACCGCGACUCUGAACGAGACAAAGUUCCGCAGGAGCGAGGUUGCGUGUUCGGUGACCACCAGGCUGGCGGGUACAGGGGCAGCGGUUUCAAGGGCAUGGCGACCACGCCAAUAGGCGGUCGCCUCCCUAACCCGAUUCGCAAAGGCUCGACAGGACCGACGGCCGGAUCUUCCACGGACGAUAGAUCGGCGACCCUCCGUAGGAGCAGCAGGGACCUGCAGGCCGGCCGUGAAAGAGGCGGUGGCGGAGGCGUCGAACGCAGGCAUCAACCGGCGCGGGGCACAGUGGCCGCGAUUCUCGAGCAAGGGGACGAGCACGAGGACGAAGACGACGAGGACGACGACGACGCCGGCGAGGAGGAGGAGGAGGAGGAGGAGGAUCAUCGGGAGGUCGGAGUCGGAGUCGAGGCUCGGCCGGCGAACACGGCAGCAGCGGCGGGAGACGCGGCCGCCGCAAACAGCAACAACUUCGAGUACGACGACAACGAGUGGGACAUCGGUAUCGGGGAUCUGAUAAUCGACCUGGAUGCUGACAUCGAGAAAACGAGGGACGAGAAACUGAGCCUGGGGACAGGCAUGGCCUCGACGCCUGCCUCGGCCACGACGAACAAUCCUGCUAGCAAUCAGAACAUCGCCAACGGUCCGGGCGGCGCGAACUCUUGCAACAACGUUUUGAACGUAAACUCGGUGAACUCGGUGAACUCGGUGAACUCGUCAUCUUCCGCAUCGUCGUCUUCCAAUUCCUGCGGCAGCAAUUCGAGCUCCUGCAACUCGGGAGCGGCCGGAAACUCUUGCGGCAGCGGCAGCGGCGUAAACGGAGGAGGAGGAGGAGGAGGUGGAGGAUCCGCCGCGGGUGGCGUACUCCAGCAGAUAUCGUGCAGCAACGGGAACGGCGUGAACGGUUCGUCGUCUGCAUUGAACACGGUGAGCACCGGUAUAUCGUCGGUAGUGGCGAGUUCCGGUAAGCCCUGCGGGCCGAAUGCUGCGGGUCAUACCGCCGUCGGCAAUACGACCAAAAUGGCUGUUGAACACUCGGCCACGGUGGACAAGGGCCUCAAGAUGAAAAUAAAACGCACGAAACCAGGGACGAAGACGAGCGAAGCUAAGCACGAGAUCGUCAAGUCCAACGAAUUGAACGGCAACGCGUCCGCUCAGGACGGCGUCGCGCAACUGACCGGUCAGAAUUCCCAGGGCGGUAACGCGGGUAACAAUAACGGAAACGGGGGGAGCGGAAGCGGGGCGAGUUCGGCGAACGAUUCCUCAUCUUCGUCCUCGGCGUCGAACUCAUCGUCGGGAUCCACGGGUUCGAACAAGUCCAAGUCGUCUCACCUUUCCGCAUCCGUCGCUACGCCCUCGAACACGUCGACGGCGUCGAAGCGGGGAUCGAGCGGACACAGACGCGACAAGGCUCGCGACAAACACGAGAAACCCCAGGGAUCCUCUUCGUCGUCUUCUUCUUCGUCUUCUUCUUCUUCUUCGUCGUCCCACGGGGGCGCGAAUCAGCAGUCGAAGCCCGAGAUGAACGGAAACGCGCGAUCCGGUAACCAGAGUCAGGCGUCGGCGAGUUCUCAGGGCCCGACGCCCGCCGCCGCGGCGCCCCAGCAGCCCCCGCAGUCCUCGCAAACUGGCAACUCGAGGACCGGAUUCCCCGUUAAUUCCCAGGGUCCCAGCCCCCCGGCCAUCAGCGCCGCCGCCCCCUGCCCUCCCCCGAGUCCGGCCAGCGCCACGGCCGCCGGAUCCGCGGCUAAACCCGAACAGACCAAAGUCGCCGCGGUCCCGGGAACCGCGGUCGCCGUGCCCCCCGAGGACUCUUCCGACACGGCGACGAGUCCACCCCCGGCGAAGAAAUUCAAGACCUCCAAUUCCACUCCGGAACCAAAGGACAUGUCUGACGUCUGCGUGGGGACCAGCGUGGGCACAAUCACGGAGCCCGAAUGCCUCGGGCCCUGCGAGCCCGGCACCUCGGUCACCCUCGAGGGCAUUGUCUGGCACGAGACUGAAGGAGCAGGUGUAUUGGUCGUGAAUGUGACGUGGAGGGGCAAGACCUACGUGGGUACGCUCCUGGACUGCACCCGACACGAUUGGGCGCCACCGCGAUUCUGUGAUUCACCGACGAGCGACUUGGACGCGAGGACGCCGAAGGGUCGUGGAAAACGAGGCCGAGCUGCGGCGAACGCGACGCCAGGAAACGACCUGAGCAACUUCACAGAGACGCGCAGCUCCGUUCAUAGCAAAUUGCGAAACGGUGGUGCGAAAGGACGCCGCGGCGCCCAAGGCUCCCCUGCGGCCAGCCCCAGCCCUGCGGCCUUCGUGCCGCCCCGACCCGACCCCGCGGCGAAGCGGAAAUCACGGGGCCCGGAAGAAGAGGAGAAAAACAAACGUCGAGCACCCCCGCCGACGCCGCCGAGCGGCUCGCCACCCGCGAGUCCGGUUCUCCUCGAGUGUCCCGAACCGAACUGCAGCAAGAAGUACAAACACAUAAACGGACUCAAGUAUCACCAGAGCCAUGCCCACGGGUCGGCCGACGACGACGAUACCAAGGAGGCCAUCACCAGCAUGUCGGAGAACGACGAGAGCAACAUCGAGGCCCCGAGCCCGGUCACCCCGGUCAAAUCUCCGGCUGACAAACCGGAAGGCACUCCUCUCAGGGCGAGCAGUCCUUCGGCCGCCGCGAUGCCCCCGGAAACACCACCACCCCCGCCUCGGGUACCGUCGCCUGGCAUCGAACCCGUGACGCCGGUAAUCCCCGAGAAGAGCAUCGUCAAGCCGGGCGUCCUCAGGUUCGGCCAGGACGACCUUCCCGCGCCUGCUUCGACGGCUCCGCCUCCAAGGCCCGUUCAGCAACAGACGCAGCAGCCCCUAAACGCCCCGCAAAGCCCCAGCUCGCAUCCGAGCCAAUCCCCGAGGCCCGUACCUUCGCCGCAUCCCGGCACGAACAUGCCCCAAACGUUGAACAUUCCCCAGCCGCCCCAGCCGACGCAGGUACAACAACAACACCAGUCGCAAAACCCGCUGCUUCAGCAGCAGCAACCGCUCCAAAGCCAACAGCAGCAAAUGCAACAACCUGGCCAGCAGCUACCCACACAGCAACAACAACAGCAGCAGCAGCAACAUCAACAACAACAACAGCAACAACAACAACAACAACAACAGCAGCAGCAGCAGCAGCAGCAGCAACAGCAGCAGCAACAGCAACAACAACAGCAGCAGCAACAGCAACAACAACAGCAGCAGCAACAGCAACAACAACAGCAACAGCAGCAGCAACAACAGCAACAACAAAUGCAACCUGCCCACCAAAUGCAACCGGUACAGCAUCCCGGGCAGGUUCAACUCGGUCAGCCACCACCGCCUCAGCACUCUGCGCCACAACCGGGAAUGCAGCAGCCUCAGGGAGUGCAGAAUCUCUCGAGCCAACAUCCCGGUCUACAGAGUCUGGGGAGUCUCCAGGCUCCGACCCCUGCCCACCCCGGUCAACAGAUGCAGUCGCAUUUGCAGCCCUAUUCGGGUGUCAGUAUUCAUCCGAAAAUGCCGCAGUUCAAGGUGAAGCCUACGGCUGCCCUUAUGCCCGAGCAAGACAAGAGCAAAGAUCCACGCACACCGAAGCCGCAGGGAUACAAAAAGAAGUCGAGAAAAUCCCCGGGUGGCAGCCCGCACCCGUCACCACUGGAAGCGCCGAUCGUCGACUCGUCAAGGGAGGACGUUCAGAGUCCUGCUUAUUCGGACAUAUCGGACGACGCUGCGCCUGUCCUCGAGGCCGAGUCCGCCGACAAGGUUAAACAAUGUCAGGAGAAGGACGUCAAGCCGGGAGCCCAGAGCCAUCUACCGCCUCACUUCAGCAUGUAUCCGUACUACAACCAGCCUCCGUACCUCGUGCCCAGUGUGCAGGACAAGUCCGGCGAUCAGAAACCGAGCGAUUUGACGCCCAAGCAGGAAGUCAAGCCGUUGAACAUACCGCAGAUGCCUUCCAUGACGAGCAUGCAAAGCCAGGUUGAGAAGGAGAAGAAGGAAUUGAAUCCACCGCCUCAACAGCAGCCUCAUUAUUACGCCGGGUACGGUGCUUACGCUGGAUAUCCUUACCAGCCCCAGGCCGUGGCGCAGCAACAGAGUCAGCCGAUUGAUCAAGACGCUCACGAGCAGAAGCCCAAGAUCAAACAGGAGCCUCAGCAGCAGCAGCAGCAGCAACAACAACAACAGCAACAGCAGCAGCAACAGCAGUCGAGCCUGAAGGAUAAACAGCACGAGAAUCACCAGAUCCUUAAGGAGAGUAUAGAAAUGAAGAGCCAGAUGAGCCCGUACCACGUCUAUCACAGUUCUCAGGGUCAGCGGGGACCGCCUCCGGGACCUGUGCCGGACGAUCGAAGGUACUAUCUCUACCCGGGCGAACCGAGGCGGAAAGACGACGGGCCGAAACAGAGCCAGCAGGCGAAACCCCCGCCGCCGAGUCCGAAGCAUCUACCGAAGCAGGAGAAACCCCAGGACCUCGGAAAGUCAGAGGACGUGAAGAACAAGCAGGAGGGCGUCAAGCCCACGAUGGAGACCCAGGGACCCCCGCCUCCUCCGACCUCUCAGUACGCCUACAUUCACCCGAGUUACAUGCAACCCCAGCAUUACCCUCAGCUUGGAUUCGACACAGGGCACCCCGUCUACAGGGGACUUAGUCCGAUGCUGGUCCCGGCACCGUUCUCAGGGAAUCCCUACCUCCAUCAGCUGCCGAGGUAUCACGCGCCCGAGGACCUCAGCAGGCCGCCGGGCGGCAAGGCUCUUGACCUUCUCCAGCAUCACGCGAAUCAGUACUACUCGGCGCACAAGAUUCACGAGCUUCAGGAGAGGGCGCUCAAGUCUCCGACCCCAAAAACCUCCGCCGCGUCGUCGAGCCCCUCGUCGACGGGUCCCACGCCUUCGAGGCCCCCCAGCGGGCCCCCGACCUCGGUGGCUGGUCCUGGACCCCCCCAAAAUCAGGGCCAGCAGCAGGGAAGCAAACAGCAAAAUCAGGGCGGCAAUCAGCAACAGGGGCCGGGGGACUCGGGGGGCGGUAACUCCGGAAAGGACAGCAGAUCGCCGCCACCCCAGAGACACGUUCACACUCAUCACCAUACCCAUGUAGGACUCGGAUAUCCCCUAUUGACGGGGCAGUACUCCGCACCCUACGGAGGUAAGCCUCUUGUCAGACCCUGACAGUAAGGCUCCCGGCGAUCCAAGGCGCAUACUCGCGGCAGUGCUAGCGACCCAGCAGGCUGCGGCUGUAGCCGCUUCGGUGAUCUCGCCGAUUUCCUCCUUCCCGCCUAAGUGACCCGCGGCCCCCGCGCUGGCAAAUGCGGCAGGUAGCACGGCUCAAAAUCACCACGCACAUUCGGCAAGUGGAAUCAACGGCGCGAGGCCCUAAUGGAGAUAUCUAGUGGAUUGCUUACGGAUUGCCCCUAAGGAUUUGGAAAGGCGCGCUUUUUGGGAAAAACUUUCUUUCGGAACUGACCGUUGUUUCCUUUCCUAGUUUUUAUUUUUAUUUUUAUUUUCUUGCUUCUUUCCUUAUGCUUUGAAAAAACACUUAUUUUUAAUUCGUUUUAUUUUCACAGUCCUUUGAUUAUACACGACUCUGUCGAUCCGAGGUCAGUGUGCGGUUAAAGUUUCAAAGGCUUAUCAGUAGUAACCUGCAUAUCAAGGUCUGUGUAAAAAGAAAAGAAAAACGUAAUGAUACUCGGGAACGUAAUGCAUUUAUUUUAAUUUAUGUAAUAACUGUAAACCGACCGGCAUAACAAUUAUUACUAUAAUAUAUUGUAUGUAUACUAUAGAUAUGUUGGCUGACCAUUGUAAGAAUUCUUUGUUGAGUCUUCGAACCCAAGUAGUCAGAAGAAUAAAAAUAUAUUAUACAGACAUAUAACAUACGGGGAUUGAUCGGUUGAUUGAUUGAUUGAUUGUUUGACGAAUGGAUGGAUGGAUGGAUAAAUGGAUGGACGCCGAGAGUCGGGUGAAGUAUAAAUAUAUCAGAAGUUUUGUUAUCACGACGGUAAACUCGUGUCGAUGACGUAGAAUUAACGUAAUUUCUACGAUAUAAUAGAGUGGGGCUAUAGAGAGACCGCGACGUAGAAAUUAUAUACUAAUAAUAUUAGUUAUAAUAAUAAUAUUAUGAUAAUAAUGAAUAUUUAAUAACUUACCUCGAUCAUGGCGUACACCGUAUUCAUAUACUACCUUAUAUACAUAUACACACACACACACACGCACGCAUAUUUAUAUAUGUAUAUGUAAAAUAUUGUGUGUGUAUGCGUAAACGCGGGCUAUAUAUCCGUGACGUUUUUGCAUUAUGUACGGCAGUAUUUCAAGGACCCGAGAGCGUUGCAAUUUGUGACGCGUGUCAUUCCACCGCAAUUUUGUAGUCUUGAAAGUAUAUUGUCAAGUAUAACUUUCAGGAAUGGGUGAUGAUAAAAAAAAGAUGCGAUAACGAGAAUUAAUAUCGAUGGGAAAGUGGAGAGAAAAAGAAGUUAUUGAAAAUGGUAAAAAAAUACGCCUGAGAGCUCUUAGAGGGUAUAUCAGAUGAAGUCUUUGGUGAUGGAAGAAAGUAUGUAUGUAACAAAUUGGAUUACGUGUUUCCACGAUAAGAGAAUGAAAGAACCACUGGAUUUCGGAGGAUGGGAAAGAUUAGAUUGACAGAGAGCGCAAGAGCGAGAGCGAGCGUGUGUAUGGGAGCGAGAGUGAGAGGUGCAACGCGUUUUCAAGACUACGGGGACGCCAGACGGGACCAUAGACAAUUCCAAUGCUCCCUGCGGUCAGUGUAAUGUAAACGGGCGACGGAAUGAUCAUUAGAUAAACAAGAAGAAAAAUGAACUAUUCGAAACGAUUAUUGAUGAUGUUUUUAUCAAUUUUAUCUUGACUAUACAUAUAUUUUUAGACGGUAAAUCAUGUCGCUUCUGAAACUUUUACAUGUACCUAUACUGUACACAUUGGCUGUUUUUAUUUAAAGAUUCGUCGCGCGAGCGUAGAAUAAAUUUUUCCGUGUAUCAUUUUGAUUUUCCUUUCCGCUGGUUUCACUUUUUUUCUUGCUUCUCUCUAUCUUUUUUCCCUUUUUUUGUUUCAAAUCUAUAAAUAAAAUUCUUCACGAAUCACCUAUGGUAAUGUAGAAAUUCUGUAAUAACGUAGGCAUAAGGAUUGAGGUUUUGUCGGUGUAUAAAAUUGCUAAUUAAUUCCUUCUUGAUGUACAUAGUGUAUUAAAAAUGAUGCAACCCUUGAACCUGCCCUCCCCUUCAACAAAAAAUUAAUAAGAUAAAUAAACAAAUAAACAAAUAAAAUGAAAUAUAGUAUAUAGUAAUGCUUAGACGUAAGUGAGGACAUACAUGUACGAAAACAGAAGUAAAUAGAAACAAAGAACUUGCAAAUGCGCAGAACUGUAAUGUAAUUUUUGCAAGUCCCGCUAGACUGAAGCUCGCGGAUGUACACGCGUCCGGCUGAAGCAGAGCACUUGUGCAUUACUCCGAAUAAAAUGAUUCGCUGUUUCGCUGCUUCUGCAUAAGUGGUUGUUGUCGGUACGGUCGCGACCGCGAGUUGACAAAAAGUGAAAUUUUUAAUAAAUAAUGGAAAAUAAACCCGCCACCCGGAUGAAUGUAUUUUAUUGUAAAGAAUAAUGCAGACUUCGAUUUUUGUAGAAAAAAAAGUAAAUAAAAAUUGCAUAAACUUGCUAACUAUCUCUUAGACAAUUCAAUUAUAUAUUAAUAAUUAUUAUUGAAAACGAUAAAUAUUACGAAACUACUCUGUAAGGUAUAUGAUUCUAAAUGAGAGAUGCUAAGUAUGUAAUGUAAAUCGAGACUAGAACGCUAUUUGUUUACUAAAAUAAUAACGGUAGGUAGAUUUGCGCGAUUAUAUAGCGAUAUAUGAGAUACAGAGGAAGGGGAAAUAAAUGUGGUUGAAACAACGUGUUACGUAUGAAUAUAUAUGCCUGUAUACACACAUAUAUGUGUGUGUGUGUGUAUACACAUACAUACGUACGAAUAAAUAACUACAUAAUAUUAGUUCAGUAAUUAUUAUAAUUAUUAUUUUAUUAUUAUUGUAUGAUCAUCACUACGACAGUUAUUAUCAUCAUUGUGAUUAUAAACAAUCUUAUUGUCUUUGUCAUUAUCAUGAUUGAUUACUAUUAUUAAAUUUAUUACGUUCAUCAUACUUAUUAUUUUGAUUUUUAUUCAAAUUAUUCAUAUAAUUACAAUUAUGAUUAUUAUUAAUAGGAGAAAAACAUAUACACGUUGUACCCGCCCACGUAGACAAGAGAAAAAAAAUGAUUGGACCGCAUAGUGUUGCAAAUUCCAAAUCAAAAGAGAAAAAAAGUUGAAAAAAAAACCACUGAAUAAAAAAGAUUUUUUAAAGAAGUACAUUCGCUUCGCAACAGGCAUUGAUUAAACGGAGAAAAGGACGCCUCAGUUUUAGUGGGGCGCCCAGCGGCGAAAGGGUAGGCUUUAAAAUAUAUGCUGGUGCUGUGCUGUGAUUUUUAUAAAAGGGGAAGAAACGAAAACAAAGAAUACGAGAAGGAGUCGAACGGUAAUCGAACAGAAUGACAGGUUGCUGUUAAUUGAGGAAACGAAUUUUUAUGAAAAUAUACAGAUAGCCUAAGUACCUGAACCCUACCCUAUUCACGCCGCUGUUGCAAUGGUAAAGAAAUGUAUUAAUUGUAUAGGCUGUACCAUGUAUUUGCUUUUAAAUAAAUUUAAUGUAGAUUGUUAAUACGCUGCUACGAGUUGAGGCUGCCUCGAUUUGUGGAACACGCUACGUGGAAAAUAAGAGACGGGGUUACUUCCUUGCGCUGGCGUCGUGUGCUUUAUUAAAUCUGCGUGAACGUGUCGCCGCCAAAUGGAGACAAUCUCUAGCCAAAAAAUAUACAUUCAUAAGUAAUACGUAUUUGCCGCAAUGUUGCAUAAUGAAUGAAACGCGGAAUAAUUGAACGGAUUAUAUGAAACAAGGUGGACUGAGACAACGUAAAACAUAUACCUAGUACUAAAUGAACUUUUUUUUUGGCAUGUAUAAAACUAUGAAAGAAAGAAGAAGAAAAAUCUUUAAUUAAAAACUUGACUCGUUACGCUUUAUAUAUAAUAUAUAUAUAUGUAUAUCGCAUAUAUACAAGUGACGUGUUAACGUACAGACGCAAAUGAAGCAAGUACAGAUUCGCAGGCAUCUUGUCGUUACAUUGUAAGAUAUUGUGUUCAGACUCCAGAAUGUACUCUGAUCCCCCCCCCUCCCCCCUCCCCAGACUACUAUAUAUUAAAUAUAUUGUGCACUAUGCUCCAAAUUGUCCAUACAAAUAAAUAUAUCGAAAAAUCUCAAAAAAA